UUCAGUCGGCGGUUAGAUAGCAACUUCGCCGGUCGACUUCACCCAACAAAAUGACGCUUCAGUUUAUCGGCCUGAUUUUGGCGGUUUUGAUUCUGAGAGAGAGUCUUGCACGUGAGGCGAUCGCAAACAUUCCAGAUGUGGGUCAGAUAAUCAAAGAUCUCGAUGGACUGCACAUCGAUGGAGAAAUAUUUUAUCAAGGUUCUCCCUGCAGAGUGGAUGUGCAAAAGGAUCUGCCCCGUUCGGAUAAAGUGCAGCCGCUGUACCUGCGCCCUGGAACAGAUCUCUACUGGCUGCCCAAUGCUGAUGGAUACCUGGAGGUUCAACGCGGCGCCAGCAUUGAGCUGCACUGCAGCCAUGCCUUCGCGCCCGCAAAUGGAGAGUCUUUCGAUGCGAAGCUGCGCUCCAUUCGGGUGAAGUGCGUGCAGGACACCACCUUCGAGUGGAUGGGUGCUAAAAUCCAAUUCAGCGACUUUGUCUGCAAUCACUCCAUGCCCUACACCGUGGAGCGAUUGGACAGGAGUUGUGGCAGCAACACUCCGAGUCCAUCCACCUCGUACUUGUAUCGCGUGGGCUAUGACACCGGAGAUGGCAGAUUUGUGGCCACCAUGGAGCUGUGCCACGACCCAAAUCACCUGCGCACCCACUACGCCCACCAUCAACUGACACCGGCGAAUGUGCACUUCCAGAAAAAAUUGAAACGCCCGAGGUUUAGCACCGCCGGCCAUUUCACGGGCUUUGACAUGGCCAGAAUUUAUUCGCACAAGAGCCAGGAGAAACUGAUGGUGCCCGGCCUCAUUGACGUGAAGAGUGGUCUGUUCCUGGCCCGCGGACAUUUGACGGCCAAAGCGGAUCUAAUCUAUGCCAGUCAGCAGAAGAGCAGCUUCAACUACAUGAACGUGGCGCCGCAGUGGCAGAGCUUCAAUGGUGGUCAGUGGUCCAAGCUGGAGGACUCCACCCGACAAUAUGUGGCCCGGUCGGGCAUCACGGCCACUGUGUAUACGGGCAUCUAUGGCGAAAUGAAGGUGGCUGGCAGCAAAGUCCUCCACCUGACCACCAAUGCCGAUAACAUAGGUGUGGUGGCCGUGCCCCAGCUCUUCUAUCGCGUCCUCAUCGACGAGGGCCAUCCGACCCGCGGAAUCGCUUUGGUGGGUGUGAAUAACCCACAUGCCACCCUGGCCCAGAUCCACGAGUCCUAUAUCAUCUGCGAUCCAGUGGAGGAGCAGGUGCAAUGGCUUAGCUGGCUGCACAAAAGCAACGCCAAGGGUAACCUGAAGAAUGGCUAUCUGUAUGCCUGUUCGGUGGCGAAUUUGGCCCGGGCUGUCGGACAUUUGCCACGCCCCCUUCUCGAGGUGGAUGAGCUGCUCACUUAGAUGUGGGCGGUGGCGGUUCGAUUGCCCAUACUUUUAAGUGAGUGCAAUAAAGACUGAGUGAGUUGUGUGACACAA